CUGCUGGCAUGUUUACGUCACGUGACCCCCUUGUUUAUCACGGUUGUGCUGGGACGUUUGGAGGGGGUGUGAGGGAGAAAGGUGGUCACACGUUUUAGGCAAGAAGGGGGCUUUAACAGCCGACCAUGUCGGUGAAGCUCGUCAUUGCUCGUGGGCUGGAGCUGGGCCGGUCGGUGUUUCAGCAGGGUCUCCUGAAACCGGCUGCCCGGGUCGCUGCGAGGUUCAGAAGCGGCGGUGUCCGUCUGGGCCCGCCGGUCCGUACCGUCCAGCCUCAGACUUUCCUGCCUGCUCGUUACCGCUAUUUCCGAGUGUCGCUGAGCGGCCUUGCUGCCCAGCUGCAGCGCCGGAGACUCGGCCGGCUUCCAGGAGGCGCCGGCUCCCCCAGGACCAGAGCGGUUUUUCUGGCUUUCGGGCUGGGCCUCGGGCUCAUCGAGCAGCAGCUGGAGGAGGACAGAAGGGACACGGCGACAUGCCGAGAAAUUCAGGCCUUGUUUGCCCAGAAGAAGAUGGCACUGCAAAGCCCACUCAAGUCCUUCUCCUCGGGCUACAGGCUGGAAGACUACGUGUUUGGGAGGCAGGUUGGGAAGGGCUGCAAUGCUGCUGUGUAUGAGGCUACAACUCCUUUCGCUGUUCCGAGACGGGCUGGGCAGUGCUCCCUGGUGGUGCCGGAUCCAUCCGGAGAAGUGAGGCAGGAAGACUCGCUGUCUCUCCAGUGCCGUGCCACAGCUGAGUACCCCCUGGCAGUGAAGAUGAUGUGGAAUAUCGGGGCAGGGUCUUCCAGUGAAUCCAUCCUUAACUCCAUGUGUCAGGAGCUGGUUCCUGCUAGCCCUCUGGCUAUGAGAGGAGAGAAGGCAGCUGUUGUUUUGAAUGGGCGGUUCGGCUCUGUGACAAAGAGGAUGGCGCCUCACCCCAAUGUGAUCCGGGUUUACCGAGCCUUCACAGCAGAGGUGCCCCUGCUGCCUGGCGCCCAAGAGGAGUACCCCGCUGUGCUGCCCACCAGGCUGAACCCAGCUGGAAUGGGGCACAAUCGGACCCUGUUCCUAGUGAUGAAGAAUUACCCUUGCACUUUGCGCCAGUUCUUGGAGGUGUCAGUCCCUGGGAAUAGAGAAGGAUCACUCAUGAUUCUUCAGCUGCUUGAAGGAGUGGAUCAUCUGAACAGACAAGGCAUUGCCCAUCGCGACCUCAAAACUGACAACAUCCUCCUGGAGUUCGAUUCAGGUGGCUGUCCCUGCCUGGUGAUUGCAGACUUUGGGUGCUGCCUGGCAGAUGAGACCUGUGGCUUACAGCUGCCUUUUAAUAGCCUGUGUGUGGACAGAGGGGGAAAUUCCAGCCUCAUGGCACCAGAAGUUGCAACAGCUGUUCCUGGCCCUGGUGUGGUCAUUGACUACAGCAAGGCGGACGCGUGGGCUGUAGGUGCCAUCGCCUAUGAGAUCUGUGGGCAGCGUAAUCCAUUCUACAUGCCUGGAGCAGAGGGGCUGGAGAGCAGGACCUACCAGGAGCAGCAGCUGCCUCCCCUGCCCAGCAGUAUUCCUGCUGAGGUGCAUCUGGUGGUGGGGUUGCUGCUGCGCAGGAACCCCAGAAAGCGCCCGAGCGCUCGUGUGGCAGCCAACCUGCUGCACCUCUGCCAGUGGGGUGGGAGACGGCUGCAUCUGAACAGGGUCUGCAAGAAGGAGAUGGCCGACUGGCUUCUCUGUCAGUCGGCUGUCGCGCUCCUGAAGGGUCAAUACUGCGGUGGGGACAGAGUUGAAGUAGGAUUACAGAGGUGCUUCCUGGCCAACAUUGACCUGGAGGAGCUAAGAAUGGCACUGGGGUUCCUGCUCGCUUUAAUUGAAGACUCCAAAUCCCGUAUCCUCUCAGAUUAAUUAUAUUUAUAUUUUUAAUCAAUAGUGCUAUAGCUGUUGCUUUGAUUUUUGUGAUCAGUACAAACAUUAUUAAGAGUUUAUUUAGAGUUUCUAUCCUUGUGCCACAUUGGCAGGAUGACGAGAACGUAAAGCACUAUCAACAUCUAUGUGCCAGUGGGGCAGAUUUUAAAAAGCUAUUUAGUUACUAAUGGCUUGCUGAUGACUUGAUCUGCUGUGACUUUAAUUUAAAAGACUGAACUAUCAAAAAUAGUUUUGGUGUUCUGUAGUAUAGAGUGGUGUAACAAAAACCUACUAGUUUUUUACUAGAUUGAGACUGUGGUGAUGAUGAUCAAGUGAAACACAUAACAAUAAUGUUUCCACUAGCACAAUUAGGUAUAUUGUAAAAUUAAUAUGAAUGAAAAUGAAUUAAGAACACCUUUAUGAAAGGUUCUUACAUUAAAUACACCUUGUUUUCUUUUUGUUGUGGAAAAUACAAAGCUAUUGUGUUCAAUGUACUCUCUUUACCUGCCCUACUAUCUGAUACAAUCUAGGUUGUUGAAUUAUUGCACUAAACUUUGACAAAACAUCUAGAUAAAAAAUCUUGGAAUCCUUAACACUGCUUUUUAGUACGAUGAAAAUAAAAUCAGUUGCACUAAAAAAAAAACAAUUAGUCAUUUGAUAUUUGCUUAGCAAGUUUUCUUAUUCUGGGCGACUUAUGCUUUAAUUCUCCCCAAAUUCUGUUGGAAACCCAAAUGGCUCCACACAGUAUAAGCUGUUGAGCAAAUUGUCUUGAUCAACUGGAAAGGCAAUUUAUGUAAUAUUACUGUAGCAUCACAAUCAUUGAGUUAGGCCUACACAUUGUUUUCCAGCUGAGGAUUUGAAAUAGGCUUGCCAUAUUAUGCACCUUUUAUUAUCAAUUUAAGAUUAUAAGUAGAUGACCUUAAAACAAUAAGUGGAUCAGACUGCUUCCAUUCAGCCCAUCCCUUUGGUAAUCAGUAGCUAAUUGAUCCCAGGAUUUCAUCCUGCUGGUUUCCUGAAAGAGGCCAGCAUAUCAAGUUCAGUAACAUGGUUGGGGUAACUUGCUCCAUGCUCUUACAGCCUUUUGUUAAAAGAAGUUUAUCUCCUAUUCUUGGUUUUAAAUAUACUUCACACAAUUUCUGCUUGGUUCAUAUUUCACUGCUCAUUUUAAAGAUAUCAGUUGGGUUGACUUUAUCGGCGUCUUCAAGAAAUUCGAAUAUUUGUAUCUGAUCUCCCUGAUGUCCUCUCUGUUUAAGACUAAAAAGGUUUAAUUCCUAAUUCCUUUAAUUUUGUCAGAUUUUGUAUCAAUUUCUGGCUUCAAAUAUUAAUUGAAAGUGAUUUGUUUCCUCAGCUUUUGAUUGUUUAAAGAAUAAUAUUUUGACAUGGGGCAAAAUACAAUGCAGUUUUGCAUCUUUAUUCAAUUGUGGUAGAUCAGGAUAUAAAUUUAAGAAGUUGCUGUUUAUUUGUGUAGGCCCUAAUACAGUUGCAUAUGCCUUCCCCAAUGUGUAAGUUACUUUUAAGGACUCAUGUUCAAUGUGCAAGGUGGAAUGUGGCACGUUUCAAGAAUAUGAUGUUUUUGCUUUGUGGUCAGAAAGUUUUCCAAUGAACUAAACUACAGACCACACUGGGAUGCAUGUAAGAAGCUGAGACUGUUGGGGGAAACAGUUGUGGUGACAAUUCUUAGCAAUUACAAGUGGGAGGAGUUUUGUAGAAUCAUACUUUUUGUGUUUCAGAUAAGCUUAUAUUAAAGAUGAUCUGUCAUAUUGUGAAUGUGCACUUUACAUGAUAGGAAUACCUGCUCAAAAUAUCAAAGCUGUAUUACAGUAGUCAAUACAAAGUGGAAGAUCUGUAUACCUACAAUCUGUUAAAUUAUCAUUUUCCUAUUACUAGAGCAAGAGGACUAAGAAAACAAUCAUAGGUUAUUUUUAUUGUUGAGAGGAGAUCUUUGUUUCUUUUAUAGGAAAUAAAAUGUUAUUGUAUUCAAAAUA